CUGCGCCGUCAGAGCACAGAGAGAGAGAGAGCAGUGACGGAGUGUGCUGCACACGAAUGUGCUCAGUGCUGCUAUCAGCCGAUAGAAGCUUGACAGGCGACCAGAGGGGGACACAGAUACUGAUAGAGGGGGAGAGAGACUCUCUUCCGACGUCGGUGCUGGAACGGACGAGCGCGACAUUCGUCCACUAACCGGUUACCGUAUAUUCCACGGCGGCAGACACUACAGAUAUCCGAUGCUGGCGGAAUUUAGCUGACCAUAGUUGGACACGCAACAUUCACUGUUGGUGCCAUGAUCCCUCGUAGUAUGCGAACAGGUGGGAUGGCCCUGCCAGGGGUGGAGUCAAGGGAUGUACCCCUCAUUGGCUACCGGCCUUUAGCGACUGACGAUGUUCCCCUCAGCAGCCAAUCAGGGCAAGUGACUGACUGUACCGGACUGGACUCCUCUGAGGGGGAGACUUCCCCCAUGAAGACAACUUGGUACUGUCCUCUGGACUUGUCUACUGUGUUGGAGGAGGAAGAGGACGGAGUGAUAUACAAUGUAGUGGUGAAGCAACAGCGUAGCGCCCCCACCAGUGCAACAUCCAGCUCUCGUUCGCAGUGUGUGAAGGCGGGAACAGAGGAGAAGCUGGUUCAGCACCUCCUCCACUCCUUCGCCAUGGGAGACUCCUCCUUCAUCACCAUCUUCCUCGCCACCUAUCGCUCCUUUACCUCAACCAAGAGAGUGCUGGAUAUCCUCAUCGACAGAUUGCAACAUCCACCAGGAGAAAGUACAAAGAGUCAGAUUAGGCAACCCUUCAACAGAGCGGUGUGUAUGGUGUUCAGUAUGUGGUUGUCGGAGUAUCCUGAGGACUUCCGCUUUCUGGGAGAGCCUGGUCUUCUGCUCCGCCGCCCCCUGCUGCCCUCCGACCCCUCUGGGACAGAGAUCAGCCUUUCAUUUGUAUCAGUUAAUAUAGACCUACAUUCAUUGGGAUUAGUAUUGAAUCAUCUCUGCCGUUUAGAUAGGACCACCCCCAGCUCCGCCGACCCCACUAAGUUUGAUCCCACCAAUAUCCUGGGCUUCCCCGCUGGGCUGAUUGCUGAGCAGCUCACCAAGAUAGAAACGGAACUGUUUGUGCGUCUGGUCCCGUACCACUGCCUGGGCUCCCUGUGGUCUCAGAGGGACAAGAAAGGCCGCGAGGGUGUAUGUUGGUCCGUCCGGGCCACUGUACGCCAGUUCAACCGGCUGGCCAAUGCCGUGAUGGCUUCGUGCCUGUGGCCCACGCAGCUCCGCAGCCAGCAGAGAGCCUGCCUUCUGGAGAAAUGGAUCAGCGUGGCAGAGGAAUGCAGAGCCAGGAAAAACUUUUCUUCUCUCUACGCCAUCGUGUCUGCCCUGCAGAGUAACCCAGUACACAGACUAAGGAGGACGUGGCUAGAAACUGACAGGGAAGCAGUGAGGAGGUACGAGGAGCUGUCCAACAUUUUCUCUGAGAAGGACAACUACUCCCAGAGCAGAGAGCUGCUGAAAGAGGAGGGUACUUCGAAGUUCGCCAACCUGGACGGCAAGAUGAACAACAGGAGACAGAUAGGAUCCAGUGCCCAGGGCACAGUACCCUACCUGGGGAUCUUCCUCACAGACCUCACCAUGCUGGACACGGCCGUCAAAGACAGGCUGGAGAACGGCUACGUCAACUUUGACAAGAGGAGACGAGAGUUUGAGGUUUUAGCUCAGAUCCGACUACUGCAGUCCUCCUGUAAAAACUGUGUUUUCCUCACCGACGAGGCAUUCCUACAGUGGUACCAAAGCGUACCCUCGUUAAAUGAAGAAGAAAGUUACAGACUGUCCAAUGAAAUUGAGGUGCCGUGCGAACCGAGCUCUGGUCGUACCCUGAACCCUACAGUGAUCAUCACACGGUGCCCAAACCUGAAUUCCUCCAGGACCAGCCUUGUUGCUGACAGUGACGGUCUUUUUUACUUCCCCUCCCCCGUCUGUCACUUUCUUUCCAAAUUCACUAAGCAUAUGAAAUCCCCCUCAGUUUCCUGUCUGGAUGUUGACUCCUUCCAUCCCACCAAUGACCCCAUCCCGUCUGCAUUGACACCAUCCACUCCCGUCAAAUCACAUCGUCGAUCAGUCUCCUGUGGCAACAAUCCCACCAAUAACAACAAAGGGUCUGGGCCUGAUAUGCGGAUCGUCAGGAUACGGAUGGAUUUACAAGAUGGGAAUAUGUACAGAAGCAUACUGGUGACAAACAAUGACAAGACGCCCACUGUGAUCAGUUCUGCCUUAGAUAAACACAGUCAGGACCCCAAACAGGCAUCCAGAUAUGAGCUCAUCCAACUAUUGCCCGAGGGAAAGGAGUUGGUCAUCCCUGCCACAGGAAACGUCUUCUAUGCCAUGACUUCCUCUAGUGUGGACUUCCUGCUGCGCAGACAAGGAGGCAACACCCCUUUUCGCUCCCAACCAAUCAGCACAGAAACCAGUGCCACCUUUCCUCGAAUCAAAGCCAAGGGGCGGAGACUGUUUUUUUGACAACAACUCUUUCCCAAAUAGGCUACAUCUGAGACAUAAUGUAGCUAGUUCUUCUCAAGGACAGGUCACGAUAAGAAUGCAGGCAGAUAUCUCAGUGAGAUGUGGCCUUGUCUUUCCUAAUCUUUUUCCGAAGUGGAAACACAUUCUGACCAAGCUUGUUCAAGCAAAAUGUAUCCUGAAACCUGUCUGAACUUGUUUGAUGAACGUGUUCUUACCUGGGACAUUUCAAUAAAUAUGCUGCCCGUUUGUGUAUACCAGGGAGGCCAUUAGUGUAGAAGGGUGCAUGUCUCUGGUUGGCAAUGCAUACUACUGCAAAUAUACACUGAGAACAAGACCAAUGCAAAUCUUUAACUGAUGGUGAAUGGUGCUGUUCCUUAAAUCUCUCUGACCAUCUAAUUUCUUAUUUAACCAAAUGGAAUGGCCUUGUAACCAAGAGCAACUGAGGAAUCCAAAUCAUCUUGCGUAUUUGAGGAAUGUGCCUCAGGUUCCAUCAUAGAGACGAGUUGAUAGUAGAGAACUUCAUUAAAUCAAAGUAUUUUGGGGGAUAUGACCUCCUUGAAUUGACCAUGACAGCAAAGUUGAACAUUUCUCCAUAGAGAGUGGAUACAAGCGGCAUGACGACAUAUUACGUACGUAUGCAAGGCGUUUCCAGCAUUGGAAUGGUGGGGAGAGCACUGGGCUGACAUGAUGACAUAAUGCAUCUGAAUAAGUGACAGACAGAGUCACUGAAACCUCUCAUUAUAGCAAAGCACAGGGGGCUCAUCAAAAUGUUUUAACUAUGUACUUUGUAUGUAUACGUAUGUUUAUUUUUUAUGUGUUGACGAUGUCAUGAUCGUGUUUACAUUCACAAGGAGCAAUCAACAAGUGUCAGAAUGACAUGUUAUUCAUUUUGAAGUAACAGGAAAUAUAUGAAAUUGCCCCAAAUUGCAACCAUUUCAAAUGAGCACAACACGUGACAAAGAUAAACAUGAUCAUUUCACUUGGGUUUUGUGCACAUACAUAUUGAAUGAUAGCUCCGGUAGUAUCUUAUGUAAAAGACAACACAUUUACAUAUACAGCCUUGCCCCUCCCAUACAGAAGUCAUAUUUUGAGUAUUAACCAUUAGGCAUAACAACAUCAACCCACAAACUCUUAACCUAAAACAAUUCACGUGAAGACACUAAUGAAAGUCCAGACUAUGUUGUGCGUAUUGAAAAGAUGUCUACCAUUGCACCUGAAUGCUAAACUUUUCAAUACAGCAUAAGCUCAUCUUUAUCAAUGGUCUCUGAAUGGGUUUAGUUGGUAGUUGCAAUGGAAGUCAGUCUGAAGUGUACUUCAACCAGUGCACCCAAAGUCAGUCCUCAAAGACACAUGCCAGGUUUGUGAGUUAUUCUCACCAAUCACUGAAUGAUGUUUAAUUGACAUCUUCUCUGACGUUUGAUAGAGAUCUGACAGCAAUUAAGGUUUCAUUAUGCAAUGUCUUUAGUCCAGGAACUGAAUGUAGAGGGUUUUUGCAGAAGGCUCUGCUUCUAUCCAAUGAGGAUGAGACCAGUAGGAAGGAAAACCUGUAUGCAUAAGGGCGCAUGGGGAACAGAUUGUGGAAGGCCCUAACUGAUGAACUCUUGUGAACUCUGGCCACACUACCCUGUGCUGUUGAAGUCUCUACUAAGGCUGAAGCAUAGACACGGUAGUUCCAGGGAGAGGAGAGAGGAUUCUGGGUAACGUAAUUUGAUGAAGUGUUAGCGCCAGGCUAAGCUACUGAUUGUUUAGUGCCUUUCUCUCAUUGGUGCUUGAGCCACUUAGUGUCCCAAAUGGCACCCUAUUCCCUAAAUAGAGUGUUACCUUUCACCAGAGCCCUGGUCAAAAGUAGUGCGCUUAAUAGGGUGCCAUUUGACAUGAAGCAUCUGUGAUGUAUGCAUUGGAAUGUACAGUACAUAUGAUGUACAUUCACCGUGCUGUAUAUGCUGGCAUGUUUAUGCACUACAUACGCCCUAUUUGUUUUAGUGUGAUACAUUUCCUUUUUCUAUGGACGCAUUUUGAUGCGACGGUAAUAUGAGGAAUUUCUAUGCAACUCCCCGGAUGUGUGCCGUAAUUCUGCCGUGUCUAUUCUUACCAAAUAAAUGUACACAGAUGUACAUCUAAAAGAUUCA